CAAGGCUGCUGCAUGCCGGAGUGACAUACUGUCACCACUCUGGAGGACAAACACAAUCACACACAUUCAUACACGCUCACACGAACUGACGCUACACGCUGCCUGCCUCCUCACACAUGCCCACACACACACACACACACACACACACACACAGUCCUAGAGAGACGAGGAGAAAAGCGGUGAGGACCAGAGGGAGACGAGGAUUUUUCCAUCUUUUAUGGCUUUUGUCGACAUGUGACGAACUGGAGGUGAUUGUGAGAGGAGACGACGGUCCGGACACUGACACACACACACGCCUCUCCCCCCCUGCAGUCUCAGAUUCUUGGAUUAGUCUGCCUCUCUGUAGUGUGUGGGAGUCAGGGAGUGGAUCAACAUGGGAAACCAAGCAGGGAGACUGGAGGAGACGGAGUCAGGUGUGCAGACAACCAAGAAGUCUGGAAUUCCUGCUCCGAGAGAAAUCUCCUCCUCUAUUACAAGAGAUCGGGUUUCCCUUAGAGAUCAGCUGAGGAGUUCCUCUACUAAGAGAAUCGUUACCAGUUCCAGCACCUCCAGCCUCUCCACCCUGGCAAAGCAGACGCGUAGCUCGACCAAGUCCCGUGCGGAUGCGGAGAGCCAGGAAAGGGGCCUGCUGGAGAGCCAGGUAAAGGAGCUUCUCGCUGAAGCUAAGGCGAAGGACUUGGAGAUCGACAAUCUGAGGACAGAGCUGCAGCACUGCAAGAGUAAAACCUCCUCCUUCCCUUCUACCAGCUCGGUUUCAGACCAAGCGCAUGCUGCUGAUGAUGAGCAGGGGCAGGUGGCUGAAGCCCUGGUCCUGGUUGGGGAGCUGAGGGAGAAGAACGGGAAAUUCCAGAGAGAGCUAGCAGCACUACGAGAAGAAAACCAGACAUUGAAGGAAAAGCUGAUUUGCUUGGAGGCGUCUCCUCUUUCUACUAAAAAGACGAGCUCGUCCGUUACCUUGGUGAAUGGCGUCCCUCCAGACCCUUCAGCUUCCCAAAAGGACAAACUCGUCCCCACUGCUAGCCCACUCAAAACCUCCGUCUCCUCCAGCUCCGACAUCACCAAGGAUUCACCAUCGCCAGACUCCUCGGAGUUUGAGAAGCUCCCAUCGCGCUCCGAAUCAGGCAGCAGCUGUGUCAGCGGCGAUGACGCCACGCCAAACAGGUCAGGGGGUCAGGAUGCGUCCGUGCAGAGACUAACAGAGCAGAUCCACAAGAUGGAGGAAAGCCAUCACAGCACAGCGGAGGAGCUGCAGGCCACACUGCAGGAACUGGCCGACCAGCAGCAGAUGGUGCAGGAGCUAACCGCUGAGAACGAGCGCCUGGCGGAGGAAAAGCGCCUUCUGCAGACGUCGCUUCAGCAGCAGAGAGAACGUCUGGAGGUGAUGGCUCAGAAGAACGAGACGCUUGCCGUCAGAGUCCAGGAGCAGGCGCAGGCUCAGACCCAGAGGGAGCAGGAGCUGGGGAGCCAAGGGCCAAGGCUGGCCGAGUUAGAGCAGAGGUACGCCGAGUUGGUGGAGAGCUCUCGAUUCGAACGGGAAAAACUGGUGGACAUCCAGCAGCAGCUGACGGGCAGCUUGAGGGCUCUGGAAGAGGAACACCAAGAGGCUCAGGGGCAAGUCUGCUGCCUUAAGGAAGAGCUGGACAGGCUGCGGGCCCGGCUGGACAAGGAAGUGGAAGGCAGCAGUCAGGUGUUGCAAGCUGCCGAGGAACACAAAGCCACGGCGGAGUGUCUCAGACUGGAGAACAGCAGGCUCAAGGCGCAGGUGGACAUAGAGAGGCAGAAGGUCGGUGAGCUGAAAGCCAUGCAGAGCGCCAGUGACAGCACCGAGCUACAGAACAUGCUAAAGAUGGCCCACUCUGAAAGGGACAAGCUGGAGGUGGAGCUGACCGAGCUGAGACAGGAGCUGCUGAAGGCCCAGGCUGAGACUGAGCAUGUGCGAGCCACAGUGUCAAAGGUGGAGUCCACAUGCCAGCAGGUUCAGGAAAAGGCUGAGAAGAGAGAGCAGGAGCUGAGCGACCGGGUGACGUCCCUGGAGGAAGCCGGAGUUCAAGCGGAGAACCAGGUGAAGGAAAUGAAGGAGACCAUCUUUGAGCUGGAGGACCAGGUGGAGCAGCAGAGGGCAGUCAACUGUCAUACCAACCAGGCAGUCCUGGACAUGGAAAAUCUUGUCAAAAAGAUUGAGGAGCAGAAGGGCGAAGCAGAGCGACAGCUGAAGGUUUUGAAUCGACAGAUGAAGGAGGAGAGAGAGGAGUGGCGGCGCUUUCAGGCAGACCUCCAGACAGCGGUGGUGGUGGCCAACGACAUCAAAGUGGAGGCUCAGCAGGAGCUGCGCACUCUCAGGAGGCAGCUGCAGGAGGAGCAGGACCGCAGCGCGAAGCUUUCUGCAGACCUGCAGGCCAUGCAGGGAGUCAGGUCCCAAGGUGAUGAUGAUGGGCGAGCGUUGGACUCCGACGGCGGCAGCAGCCAAUGGUGCGGCAUCUCCGUGAUCCCCGGCACGUCGCCCGCCGACGCCAGCGAAGACGCCGGCUCGGAGCCCGGAGCGACCGUCAAAUCCCUCAUUAAGUCCUUUGACACUGUUGGGCAGAAUGGUCCAUGUCAUGCAGUUCCGGUGCUUUCCACCCCGAGAAACCCUUUGAGUGGGAUCCCUGUGCGCUCUGCACCAGCUGCAGCCGUCUCCCCCAUCCAGAGACAUUCCUACGUGAAGCCACUAUCAAAGACGCUGGAAAAAAGAAUAAAUCAUGGAGAGUUUGCUCAUUCUCGUGAUAAGUUGUCGGGUUUCGGCGAGGACCUGAAACCAAACAGCCUCAUGAGAAAGAGCCCGUCACUGGAGAGUGUGAUCAAAAGCCCCAUUUCCCUCAGCAGCCGCACCGCAUCGUUCAGCUACAGCCGAGGAAGCAGCAAACUCAGCGUGGAAAGAACGGACCCCUUGGCCGCUCUGGCGCGGGAGUACGGAGGAUCUAAGAGAAACGCUCUACUGAAGUGGUGCCAGAAGAAAACAGAAGGCUAUCCGAAUAUCGAUGUGACCAACUUCAGCAGCAGCUGGAGCGAUGGCCUGGCUUUCUGUGCCCUCCUGCACACGUACCUGCCUGCUCACAUCCCUUACCAGGAGCUCAUCAGUCAAGAUAAGGUCCGGAAUCUGACUCUAGCCUUCCAGGCCGCAGAGAGCAUUGGCAUCAAAACGUCUCUGGACAUUGAGGAGUUGAUGAAAACCGACAGGCCCGACUGGCAGAGCGUCAUGCAGUACGUCUCCCAGAUCUACAAAUACUUUGAGACCUGACGCAUCAGGGAGGCGGACGGGACGAUCAGGGCGACUCUUCUGUCCCGUCUCCGUGUGGGACACCCUCCUUCCAGACCGGCGCUGCUGUCCGCCGCCCAGCAGCUGCCCAACAAGUUUCUGAACUCACCUCUGCAAUCAGAAGUGCGACCAAAAAAAAGGAGAGGCGCUGCAGUCGGCGAAACAGAUUUCUCCCGAGAAGUGCGUUCACAGAUGAACUGAUCCAGAGUCACUCUGACAUGUUGUAGCAGUUUUACAGCACAGCUGAGAUUUUUAUUUCUAUUUUACAGUUUGAAAAAACAAAGAACUGUUGUUGAUGUCUUCCAUCGUCCUCUCCGUGCUGCCGACGCGUUUCUAAAAGGCAGCGUUAAAACCACUCUGCUCUGUUUACAAAUCAAAAGCUCCCGACAGACUCAGUUUUGUUCUCUUUUUGUUACCACAACACGACUCCGGCGGGGCCACCCAUCACACCGAGGAGCCGCUGCAGGCUUCUGUGGCGAUAUGACGACAACACGUCCACCUCUGCGAUUAGAUCAGCCCCUGACGCUGAGGAAUAACUGACUGUUGCACUGCACAGGUUUUCACAGGUUUUCCACAUUUCCCAUCAAGAAAAAAAAAAGUGAAGCAAACUGUGUGCAUCUGUAUUAGGCUGCAUGCCACAUUGAAAUAUGGACGAUGUUUUCCAUGUAAAAGGAGGACGCUCCAGCUUUUGACACGCUACAAUUUGCAGACGGUCGUUUUCUUUCUUUCUUUUUUUUAUAAAGUUGUAUUUAUUUAUUUACAAAAGUUGCUUAUUGACUAAAAGACUAGAAUAUGUUCUCUGGUGAUGAAUAGGUCUCUAUGGUAACUUUAGGUUAAUAAAGGAUUAUCCUGAAUUUAUUUUUAA